AGCAUUCAAGAAUGCGCUUCCACCUAAGAGAACCUUCUGGCAAUAUAUCUCCCGCGUCUAGAAAGCUUGUCAUAAGAGCACAAAACACAGUCGCAACGGUCAUACAGCGAAUUAAAAGCCGAUGAGCGAUACAUAAUGAACCAGGUCUUCUGAUAGAAGUUCCGCAAUUGCCCAUCAGACUCUCCUGCAGCAUUCACAAUGAAGCUCUCUACAACCCUUUGCCUCGUGGUCGCUUCCCUAGUCUCAGCAGUGCCAACUCCUACCAUCGAACAGGGUGCUACUAAAGUGCUGGCGAAGAGGGCAAGCAUCACUGAUGCAGCCGAUAUCGGUUACGCUUCACAGAACGGAGGUACCAAUGGAGGCGCUGGUGGUACAACAACCACUGUGAGCACGUUACCUCAGCUCUCUGCUGCAGCCAGUGCUGCCGGAGCUGGUGUUAUUGUCGUCCAAGGCAUUAUCAGUGGUGCUGCGAAGGUGUCCGUCACAUCAGACAAGACGAUUGUCGGAAAGACUGGCAGCUCUCUCACUGGCAUCGGCCUCACCAUCCUUGGCCAGAAGAAUGUGAUCGUCAGGAACUUGAAGAUCUCCAAGGUACUUGCUGCUUACGGUGACGCCGUUACCAUCAACCUGUCGACCAAUGUAUGGGUUGAUCAUUGCGAUCUGUCUGGCGACGAGACCGUUAACAAAGACACUUACGAUGGGCUUGUCGAUCUGUCGCACGCUGCAGACUUUGUUACAAUCUCGCACACCUACUUCCACAACCACUCAAAGGGUACACUCGUAGGUCACUCCGACUCCAACGCCGCCGAGGAUACCGGCCACCUUCGCGUAACCUACGCCAACAAUCACUUCUACAAAGUCGCCUCGCGUGGCCCUCUCCUCCGCUUCGGCACAGGGCACAUCUUCAACAACUACUACAACGAGCAGAGCACCGGCGUGAACACUCGCAUGGAUGCGCAAGCUCUUGUGCAGAGCACCGUGUUCGAGAAUAGCGGCAAGAAGAUGGUGUACACUGAAAGCAGCGCAAAGGAUGGGUAUGCGGUGGUCAUCGACACAAUUUUCGGUGGCGAGAGUACGAAUACGGCACCCCAAGGGACUUUAACUGCGAGUAGCUUUCCGUACUCGUAUUCGUUGUUGGGCAGUGCGAAUGUGAAGGCUUCAGUUGUCGCGAAUGCAGGACAGAAACUUGCUUUUUAGUUCUUUUCGUGCGCCAUUCUAGUCAGUUUGGUAUAUGUAAUUCCAUAACAUACUUUGUAACCACGUGGCUCAGAUCACAUGAUAUCCUAUUGUAGCAGGCAUUGCCCGGUGGGCAAGUGCACUUACCUGAGAGCUGAGAGCUUGAACAACACAACAUCACAACACGACAACAAAUAGCAAUACACUCGUUGAUCACAGUCUCCGACCGACACUGCUUACGCAGUUACAUACUUUGUACAGCCAAAGGGGAGACGCAGGUCUCUAGAAACUCAUUUACAGCUCCCAUCUUCAAAACUAAGAUGCAUGUAACUAUCCACUGGGUCUCAAGACAAGUUCAUACUUCUCCUCUUU